UGACAACAUGAAGAGAUAUUUGUUUAUAAAAAGGAUUCUUUUAAUGUGGUCGAGGAGGGACACUACGCAGAAUGAGUCCAGUCCGCUCAUACCAAAGGCAGACUCUGCAAAAGAGGAUUCUGCAGAGCUUGGUCGUGAAUUUCACCAAUCAGGCCAAGACAAUGGACAGGAAGACAACAGACCUAUUCAUGCAAGUAUCCAACCCUACAGAUAUUCUUUGAUGGACUAUUUCCUAAAGUACAUCCUGUUCCUAUUCAAUCUGGUGUUCACAAUUCUGGGCAUGGUGGUUCUUGGUCUGGGGACAUGGGGCCUCAUCAGCAAAGAGUCGUUUGCUCAGGAGAAGAUCGGCAGUAUCGGCACCGACCCAAUGCUCAUACUUGUGACUUUAGGCUUUGUGCUGAUGUUGCUCUGCCUGUCAGGCUGCGUGGGCGCCUUAAGAGAAAACUGCUCCUUACUGAAGCUGUUCUCUGCCGCCGUGCUGGUGCUCAUCACAGCCCAGGUGCUGACCGCCAUUAUGGCCUACAGUCUACAAGGUCUGAUUGAAAGCUACCUGCAUUCAGGGAUGUUAGCUGCCAUGGUGCGCUACCAGGACGAUCUGGAUCUGAGGUUCAUCAUGGACGAGAUUCAGACAAAUAUGCAGUGCUGUGGGGCAGAUAACUACCGUGACUGGGAGAUCAACAUAUAUUACAACUGCUCAGCUCCAGGAGUGCUGGCCUGUGGGGUCCCUGCGACAUGCUGUGUGGACCCUUUGGAGAACGGCACAGUGUGGAACUCUCAGUGUGGUUUAGGAGCCCAGCUGCUGGAUGAGUUCACAGCUCAGAGUGUGAUCUUCCUGGGCGGUUGCCUGGGGGGAAUCUCUCGUUGGAUCAAGCAACAUGAAGGCCUGAUCGGGACAGUUGGAAUCGUCGUACUGGGGGUCCAGGUUCUGACUGUGUUCAUCACUAUGCGGCUGUUAGAAAGCAUCCAGUGGCAUAAAGUUUACAGAUAACAUGGGGUGAAGAAUAUAUUGUGUGCUGAUAUUUAAUGAGCGCUAACUGCCUUUGUCAUCUGUAGUAAACAUAAUGUAUACCCGACUCAGAUGACUGCGCCUGUUUGCCCGUGGAAAUGAUAAAUAACUACUUAUUUUGACAAAGAAAAUUUCAACAUUAAAUGUUAUGGUGACAGACCAAAGUGCAUUAUUCAACUGGCAACAAGCCGUGUUUUGAUUCAGAAAGAAAUUCCAUCAACAGAAUCAAAAGACCUUUAAAGUUUUAAAGGCCAAGAAGACCUAUUUAACAUUUUGUUACAAAGACAGCGGUAUCUUGCCUAACUCUAAAUCUACAGUGUGAGCCCUAUACAUCUGUUGUACUGUAAAAACCAUCACUUCUCCUUGACAAUUUGUGGUUUUCUUUCUUUUUUACCCUAGAAAAAGGCCACCGUGCCAGAUUGCUGUCAAGUGCUAGCUCAUGGUGGGAAUUAUUGGGUCUCUGUAAAUAAUAUUACAAAGAGU